AAUUUACAAUUCGAUAAUUGAGAUUCCAGAUCAGUGCUUCAGUAGUUGUGAGCAUUAAGAAUUUCGGGCUUGGUUGAACUUCAAUUCUUAUUUUAUUUUAUUUUUUAAUUUUUACUGUUUUUUAUUUAAAUCAAUUUUGUUUUGUAAACUCGCGUCAAAAGUAUAAAAUCAAAUUUCAUCGCACUGGGUAUUUUCUCGUUUAUCGUCAGUUUUAGUUGUACGUGACAUGUUCGUUCCGAAAUUUCAUUAAGAUGUCUGAUGACAUACCACCUCUGAUACCCGAAACGCCACCUCCCAUGACUAAAUUGGACUGGGAAGAUGAUGAGGAUUUCAUGGACUAUCCUCAUCUGGCCUUGGAACUGCCAUCCGAGUCUAGUUUAAGUCCAGAUGGCGGAUGGAAUCCUAUUGAUGAAUUAUCACUUCCUUAUGAUGGUGAUGUCAUUCGUGAACCAGCGGCUUGUAUUGAAUCAAACUCCAAUGACACUUUGUCGAAGUUGCCGUCAAAUAUUUCAAUGAAUGACCCAUCUGUGGAAUCAUCAUUAUCUGAACAACAACCUAGUUUACAUCAAAACAAUUUAUCCAUAUGGAAAGAUAAAAAAGACAUCUCUUGGGAAAAUAUAAAUAAAUUAACCAAUGACAGUUGUGAUAAUGUUAAUGAAAUAGACUGUAAUACAGAGAUCAAACAUAAUGAAUCUUCUGAAAACAUAAUAGAUAAUAAUAGGAAAAUAGUUGAUGAUGACUUGUCUGUAACUUCUGAUCAAUAUAUUUGUGACUUGGAAAAUGUAAAAAAUAAUACAAUACCACCGAAUUUACCAAAUUUAGUACUUCAAUUAAAUAACUCUGAAGUAUAUGAAAAUAAUGAGACAUUUCAGCCUGUAACCAAUGUUAAUUUUGAAAAAUCAACUGAUCAAAAAACAUUGGUUAAUGGUUAUUUAGAAUGUGUAAAUGUUAAAGAAUCGUCCAAUCAAACCAAUUGUGUUCAAAAUGUUUUAUUAGAAAAUUUAAAAAAUGAUGUAAGUGAUACUGGUACACCUAAUGAUACGUAUGUAAUAUCAGUAGAUGAUUUAUCAGUUAAUAAUAAUAAUAAUAAUAAUAUUAUAAUUAAAAAUGAUCAAGAAGAGUAUUCAGAUUUUUGUGAUUUUGAAACUAAUUUGCCCGAUUCUCUUAAUGUGCCUUUACCAAACAGAACAUCACAAGAAAAUCAUGAAAUCACUGAAGAUUAUCAUACUGUUGACCAACAUAAUAUUGACAAAAUACCUUUAACACAACUUAAUGAUGAACACUGUACAAUACUGAAAAAUAUUGAAAAAUUAAUAGAAAAUAAAAUAGAACAAAAUGUAGAAUCGAUUAGUCCUGAUUGUUCGACAUUUCAAAAUAAUGAAAUUAAUGUUGAGCAUAAUUCAGGUUCUGAGUUUGACGAAUUCUCUGAUUUUCAUGUAUUUUCGAAUUCUACUAUCGAAAAUAAAUUAAUUUGUGAUAAAAAUGAUGACGAUGAUGAUUUCUGUAAUUAUGAAACUUCCAUACCAAAUUUUAAUGAUUCAGUAAAGUUCAAACAUUCCAAUGUCGAAGAAGUACAAUGUUCAACCAGUAAUAUUAAUGAUUUAGUAUUGAAACCUGAUAACCAAAAUAGUGUAAUUAACAAUGAUGAUGAUGAUGACAAUUUUUGUGAUUUUGAAUCUGGUUACACUACAUCAGGUUAUCAUACCAUUGACCAAGUCAAAGAUUCAAAACAAAAUUGUGCAAAUUUAGAUUCAGAAUCUCAUGUUCCACUUGAUUACAAACAAUUUUGCAAAGACGCUUUUCAAGGAGAUUAUGAGUUAUGCGAGGAAACCGAUUUGCAAAACUUAGAUAAUGAGUUAAAUGAGUCUCAAGUAUGGCAGGGUUUAAAAGAUGUAGAUUCAAGUCCAGCCCUUAACUAUAAUUGGACCAAAUCGGAAUCAAAUAAUGUUUUUCUUGCUUCACUCUCGAUUGAUUCUAGGAACAUAUUAUAUGGUGCUUCUUGGAACCCAAAAGUCCCUAGAUUUGCCGCAAACAUGUCUAACAAUCCAUUGGAACCAUUAAAAGCUUCUAACAAUGACACAACUGAUACAAAAAUAUCACAAUCUUUUUCCAAUGGCCCAAUGCAGGAUACAGUACCGGACCCUGAAUUCGACUGGAAAAGCAGUGGUUUAAUAAAUCCAUUGGACUGUAAUCAUACGUCGCUACUCGAUCUUGAACUCCUUGAUACACUUGCACCAUGCUGUACAAAUGCUCUUCAGCCUCAAACAUGGAAAACAUCUGAGGUUGUGAAAGAAGAAGAAAUACACAUCCAAAGUAGUCCUGAAAGUACAGAUGUGUUUGAUGAGUUUUUUAGUGCAUCAUUACCAUCAUCAUCCGACAAUCAAUCAAUAGAUACCAUUGAUAGUCCAAGUUCGCUCAUAGCAACAGUGAGUCAUGAAGCACAAAGAAUUUUGGAUAAUUUGCCUGAUUUCGAGGUAUUGCAAAAACCUUAUUUAGUAAUAUUAGAAAGAGAAAACAAUAUAUUUCUGAAUUAAUUUUUUUUUUUAUAAAAAAUUAUAUAAUAUAAGAAUGCUAGGUCACUGCAGCAAGAAGAAAUAUCCUAUAUUUUUUCUUGUUGAAAUUAAGUCCAUUAUGUGCAAUAAGUUUAAACUAAUCUGUCCAAAUUGUUUUCAUGUGUAAAUUAAUUUAAAUAAUCAUUUAUCAUUUAUCUUGUGUAUUCCUGUUAGUUAAUUGAUUUUAUCAUAAAAGUAAAAACAUCAUCAUUAAUUCCAAAAUGUUUAAAAGAUUAUUAUCUUCAUAAUAAUUGGGGUUUUUUUUCUAUUGACAAAAUUGUUUUUUAUAUUCUUAACUGUAUUGUUAAUUGAAGUUGUUUAAAAUAUAGAAGUUAAAAUUUUAUUGGAUUAAAAAUAAAGCAUGAAGAAGUUCAUAUCUGUUUUAAGUUCCAAAUGCAUUAGAUAUAUUUGUGCUACUAAAUAAUAAUAAUUAUUAUUUCAUUUCUAGUCCAUGUGUAGCAUGCAAGACCUUAUUUUGUAUUCCAUAAUUACUUAUUCAUUCAAUAUGUAGAGAUUUCUAUAAGUUUUAUUAAAAUUUAAAUACAAUUAAGGUUACCGCUUUUAGAUUUAAGUAGACUUAUUUCAAUUAAAUCAAUUUACCUUAACUAGGUAUGUAUUGUUUUUUUUUAUAAUAUAUCAUUUCAUUCUGCACAUUCUACAUAUUUUCUUAAAUUAUCCACAUUUUUCCAUAAAUUUAUUAUUCUUUUAAGUGUUAAAAGCUUGUAAUCAUAGACAAGCAAUUUUAACAAUCCUUAUUGUUAAAUCAAUUAUUGAUAAAUAUUGAUAUACCUCCAUUAUCAUUUGAUAUGACUACAAUCUACAGGCUGUAUAUCUGGCUAUUAUCUAUGUAGGUACUGGUUCAUUGUUUUUCUAACAAUUAGGUGAAUAAUUUUCAAAGUCUGAUUUUUAUUAAAAAUUCUCAAAAGUCUACAAUUUCUAACAAUAGUUAAUGAUUUUUUUUUAAAUUUAAAAUAGUAAUUAAUUAAUAGAACUCUACAAACUGCUCAAAAAUAAAGUAUGGAAUGGCUUAUAGUUGUUGAAUUUGCUUAGUAAACUAUUUUUGUUGUUGAUAGAUAUUUAACUAUUUAUUAAAAUAUCAAGAUAUUUGGAUUGACUAAACUUAAUAAUUAAUAUGAAAAUAUGUUUUUACAAUUUAAUGUAUAUUAUAAACAUAUAAACUAAAUUUAAAUGAGUUAUAUUUGUGUUUAAUAUGUUUAAAUUAUACAGGGUGGGGCACUAAAACGGCAAAUUUCAAACAUUAAUUAUAAAACAAAAUGUAAUUAUUUAUGUCAAUUAUUAAUGUAUUAGAAUAGAGUACAUAAUAAUUUCUUCAAGAUAACUACCAUCUCUUCAUAAGCACUCUUCUUAUCUUCCUUGAAUUAGAUAAUUCUACUUUGAUAAAUAUUAAUACAAAAUGAAUGUUGAGGAGACACUAAUUGUCAUUAUUUUUAUAAAACAAUUUUACAACAAAAUAAUGUUGUUUAUCAUUCCUUGUUCAUUGGCUGUCGUAUUAUUUUUAAAGUAAUAAUAUUUAAUGAAUGAACAUUAUUAACAUAGAGAAAAUUUAUUUUUUAAAUUGUUUGUUUCAUUUCCCCACUCUGUAUUAUAUUUUAGUCAGUUCACCAACAUUUCCUUGGUAGCUCAUCUAGUCUUAAUGGCUCUAUUAGAUAUGUACCAAAUAAAUAUUAAUUAUAGUAUGCAUACAAUACAUUAGGUAAAGUUUAUUAUUUUAAGGUUUAUUUUGUGCUAUCUAUUAAGUUUUUCUUUAAUGUUUCUCAUGUUUUGUUUGUAAUUCAUAUUCCAAUGGUUGUAACUUGUAUUUAAGUCAUAAUUUUAAAUCUGCAUUCCUUUUUUUUGUUAUUAUUUAUAGCUUAGUAUAAUCAUCUACAUAUUUAUGGCGAUAUCAACAUUAGAUUGAAUUCAUACAUUCGUACCCAUUAAAAUUAGAGUUGUAAAAAUAUAAAAACAAUAUGCUCAAUUAAUAUUUGUUUCAAUGAAAGUGUUUAGCCACUCAAAUAUCUUGUUUCUAGCAUUGAGUGGCGGUUUUGACUAUAUUUUCAAUAAGGAUUUUUUUAUUACAUUCUAUGACUUAAACUUAAACAAUUGAAAAAAAAAUUGCAUAUUAAAAAUUGUUUAUUAUAAAUAAUAUAAUAAUCAAUAAGGUUAGGUUAAUAUUGUACUAAAUAUGUAAUGGUAAUAAUGCCAGUACAUAUUUCCAAAUUAUUAAUGAGCCAGACCGAUUCAAUAGUUCCCAGUUUUGAUUUUGUGAGUUGCAUGUUCAUUUUUUACUUUUUUUAAGUUUUUUUUUUUUUUACAUAAAAUUUGCAUACACAUUAAUUUAGUUCUAUUGUGUAGUCUAUAAUUAGUGCUUGUGACAAAACCGUUAUUUUUAAUUAACUCAUGACUUUAUACAUUCAUAGUUAUUUGUGUGCACACCUAAUAAAUACCUAUACACUAAUCAUUUACCUAUUCAAAAAAUAAAAAAUAGGUAGUUCUGUGUAAAAUAAAAUAUUUUCAAAGGUUAGAAGGUUAUAGAUUUAAUAAUAUUUGACAACUUCAAAUGUUUGAAAUUGAAUGAACAUUAAUAGUAGGUAUAAAGUAUAACAUUUAUAAAUUAUUUUUUUUUAUAUGUUAUGUAAUGUGCCACCUCACUUGCCUCGCUGCCAAAAACCGCCACUGCAAUUGACUUAAAAUAUAUUAAAUAUAAUUGAAUGUAUUAAUUAUUUAGUGAAAUUUUAUUCUUGACCUUUUCAUAAUUUAUAAACAACAUGUAAAAAUCAGUAAAUAAUAAAUUUUCAAAAUUAUUUUUUAGAAAUAUUGGUGAAUCUUACAAUUUUUUGUGAUUAAUGAUUUUUAUUUUAUAUGAAGAAGGAAUAAAUAAAGUAUUAUUUUUUUAUCCAUUACAUUUUUUAAAUAUUACAACAAAGAUAAUUUCUUGAAAACUACAAUCAAGUUAAAAUAUAUAUUAGGUAUUUUGAAUAAUCUUAUCACUAAAAGUAUUUUAUAAUUAAAAAUAAAACAUAAUUUUAAAUUUUUAUAUUUUAAGUAGAUACCAUAAUAAUUGUUUUAAAUUUAUAAAUGUUAAAAGGUAUAUUUUAUUUAUUUUCAUCCAAUUAAGUAUUUAAACAUUUCAGACUGGUGUAGCAAUAAUAUGUUUAAUUUGAUAAUGGUUAAUAUGUCAAUAGCAAAGCUUUGUUCUUCAAAUAAUUGAAUGUAUACUUAUGAUAUGUAUUUUAUCUUAUAUUAUUUAAAGUGGAUAACAUACUUAUAUUUAUUCAACAACGUUUAUCAAUAUUUAAUAUCUUAAGUGUUUAAAGUUGUUUAAUGUAAUGUUACAAAUAGGAAAUUUUCAUAAAUUUAGGUAACUGAAGUAUGUUAGUAUAAAUAUUUUUUGUAGUUACCAUACAAAUUGUAAAUGUCUUAAUGUUGAAAGCUAUGUCUUGAUUGACGAAUGUUUGUGAAAUUUGAUCAAGAUGUUUGUACUUAUAUUAUUAAUAUUUUCCUUAUGAAAGUCCAUACGUUUAGGUCUUUAUAAUCCGUCCUCUUAUUAGUUUUAUUACAUAAAAUUAUUUUUAUUGAUAAUUUUUGAUCUCUUUGGUAAUGUACGAAGUACUUAAAUUUUUGUUUGUUGAAUAAAUUAAGUAAGUAACACUAAAUAGGAGUUAUUUCAAUUACUCUGUUAUUUGAUAUUAGAAAUUUUGAUCCUUAUAUUAGUUAUUUGGUAUGUAAAAAUAACUCAUUUUUAUUGUUAAAAAAAAACAA